UAUCCACGGUCCACAUCCUGCAGAUGCACCAUUGCACAGUUCUGCACUAACAUUUGCCUCUUCUACCCAUCCACCAUGGCCGUCUCUCCAUCCACCCAGACUGCAGACGCAGACAAAGUAGACGGCACUGCCGCUACCACUGCCGCCACCACCACAACCACCACGACUACCACCAACACCAACACCACCGCCGCCGCUGCUCCGAGGAAACGAAGAAGAAGAGCGCCCGCUACUGGAGCCACCGAAGACUGCUUUUCAUGCAAGAAGCGUCAAGUCAAAUGUGAUCGACGCCGUCCCUACUGUGGCCAGUGUGUGGAGAUUGGCAAGGAAUGCUCGGGAUACCGCACCACCCUGACCUGGGGCGUGGGUGUAGCUAGCCGUGGAAAGCUUCGAGGCAUGACGCUGCCCGUUGCAAAGUCUCCACCUGCCGCCACAGUGCAGGAACCAAAGACACAACGCAUGAACUCCAUUGCCUCAGUCAGCAGUUCGUCGGCCGCCAGCUCCCACCAAGACCAACAUCACUUCCAUCACCGCGCCAGCAUCGACUUUGGUGCUCACUCGCCCAGGAGUCCCACCAGCCCCAUGUUCUCGGCGCCACAGGAAUACCAGUACUUCAGCCCAACCAGCCCAAUACCCAUCCCCACACCCUCUACACCAAUGGGCUUCCCCAUGCACCAGCACAGGGAACAGGCGUUUGAAUUCUUGCACCCACAGGCUUCCAAGUUCAGGCAUCACCAGCCCCACCGAGGUCCCCUGCAGCGGUUACAAACAACUCUGCAUGUUCCUUUUGAAGAUAAUGGCAUGUCGGCAUCAUCGGCAUCCCUCGGCACCUACAGCGACAGCGACUUUCCCUCACCGAGCGAGUUCCCCAACACCCCAGUCGACGAAUUUCCAUUUGCAGACCCCUCAAUACCACGAUAUCCCCCUUUCGACCAGGCGCCCAUGAGCUCCUUGGACAACUACUUCCUCCAUGAAGCCCCUCGCUCCCUGCCCGCCGGCGACGACAUGAGCUCGAGCGUGAGCUCGGAUCAAAGUCUACACGAUUACCCCAAAAUCAGCACCGCCCCACAGAGCAUGGGCCCGGUCGCGUUUCAUGAUGUUUUUACUGAAGGAGAGAUGAGCUCGAAUUUCAAUGCAUUUCAGCCCGGUUUCUCCUUUCUCCCGUCGGAGGGUAUGUCUUCCUAUGGCUCUGGCCCCCUGUCUCAAGACGUACUGUCGCUCACCACUUGUAUUCCUCAGAGUCUUUCCCUCGCUUCGCCACUUUCCCCGCGGAUGCUAUCCCUGCUGGACUACUACGACAGAUUUAUAUGCCCGGUAUUGGUGGCUUUUGACACGCCGCAGAAUCCCUACCGGAUGCAUAUCAUCCAUCUUGCCAUGCAAAAUGCCGAGUUGCAGAAUGCCAUUGGCGCUUUGGCCACAAAUAACAUGCGCAUGCGCGGAGGCAUUGAGGGGCGUCGCUUAAGCGUGCUCCACGAUACCCGGGUAAUCCCCGAACACGCCUACUCGCAAAUGACGACGAGCGAGCUGCGCGAGAUGCACGGCGAAGCCACCGACGAAGAGAAGCAUUACAAGGCCAACUCGAUUGCUCUACUCAACAAGAAGCUGGUCGACUACGAGGGCUCGCAGGACGACUCUGUACUCGCCACGCUUCUCAUUCUCUGUCUUUUCCAUGUAUGCGACUCUGGCUUCACAAAAUUCAAGACGCAGCUGGCCGGGGUGCAGAAGCUGCUGAGUCUGCGCGACCGAAGCGUCCAGUCGGAGUUUGUGGGCUGGAUCGAGACUUUCUUCACGUGGUUUGAUGUCAUGACGGCAGCCGUCAAUGACCGCGAGAUUGAAGUGCGCGGCGACUCUCUCGACAUGAUGAACCUGAGCGCCAAUCUGGGUGCGCUAGAACAUCACUCUGGCUGCGAAGGACGUCUGUUCAAGCUCAUUGCACGGCUUGGAAGGCUCAACCUGCUUAGUCAGAACCGACCUGUACGCGACAACGACGACACGCCCACAUCCUCACCGCGGCCCAAGAAGGUCAAGGAUUUCUAUUCCUUUAGUUUUGACAAUACGGAUGGUAAUGGGUGGGGAUCGCCGAUCAAGGAGCAGGCGGAUGGCUUCACUCCGGCACGCGACGAUGGGCGCUCGGCCUUCUGGACAGAAUGGAGCGAUCUUCGCAUCCGACUGCAAGAGUGGGAGUUUCCCUCGCCGGGAGAUGUGUACUCGACUUCGUGCGAUGCAACGUCGUCUAUGCUUGUCAUGUCGCAAGAGCAGGCGGCGUUGCUGCACAUUAGCGAGAGUUUCCGGUACGCAGCGCUUCUUUACACGGAGCGGCUGGCACAGCCGACGCUCCCCGCGUCUGCACUCAACUUCCAGAACCUGGUGUCGCAGGGUCUGUACCACAUUUCUCAGAUUGGCAUGACGAGCUGCGUCAACAAGUUUCUGCUCUGGCCGCUUUUUAUUGUGGGCACCGAGUGUGUGGAUCCCGAGCACCGGGCGAUUGUGCGACAGCGGUGCGUGGAGAUUCAACGCGAGAGCGGCUUCUUCAACAACCUCAGCGGGCUGGAAGUGCUGGAACGAGUAUGGCGUGAAGACGACGAGUGGUCAGAUGGUCAUGUGCACGUGCCGAGACAAAACGGGCCGUUUAGUACGAUGCAGCAUCCGUUCCGGUGGAGGAAGGCCAUGGAUCGCGUAGACGGGGAAUACAUUGUCAUUUGAUCUUGUUUGAGCUUGCUGGAUACAAGCUAUACGAAGGCUACGAAGAAGGAAAGAGGCAUAAAAAAGCAUAAUGACAGGGUUUUUUGGGUUUUUUGCAGCGGAAAAGGCGACAAGCGGGCGAAGCUUGUUUUUUUUUGCUCUCCUUGGUGGAAUAAUUUUGUAGCAAUAUUUACGAAGGAGCAAGUCGGCGGCUUUUGGUCAAAGGCUGGAUGGGCUCAACAAAAAGGGCGGCUGGCAAUGCAUUGCAUAUUGGGAAUACGCAGAGCAAAACGAAACAAGAACAAUGUACUAGUAGUAUAAAUUAUUAUUUGC